CGGGUCGUAAAGAGAGAAACCAGAAGGAAAGGAGGCAUCCAAUCUUGCUUCGGUGGCCUGAAGGGAGUGGUGUCUGCGGCGCGAUAAAAUUGAUCAUUUCUGGGACUACGUCGUCAUGUCUUUCAAGAGGGAAGGGGACGACUGGAGUCAACUCAAUGUGCUUAAAUUUCCCUCCCAUGCCUCGCCCGAUCCCACUGAUUCCGUCCGGUUAUCUUCCCCAACCCAAUGCAGAAACGAAGGGUGGGGGACCUGCUGGCCAAUUACAUCCCAGAGGAAGAAGUGCUAAUGCUGCGGGACGGACGCCUUGCUUGUGCCGUCUGUCCCCACCGACCUGUACUGGAUACCGUGGCCAUGCUGACUGCCCACCGUGCAGGCAAGAAACAUCUAUCUAGUCUGCAGCUUUUCUAUGGCAAGAAGCAGCCAGGAGAGGGAAUGGAGCAGAAUCCAAGACAACAGAAUGAAUUGAGGGAAGAGACCAAAACUGAGGUGAUCAGAGAGGGGAAGGCUCCACUGUUAGUCCGGACCCGACUCACCACCCAGAGUGCUCUGCACAGAGCCCCUGACUAUGACAGUUGCUGCCGCCGCCGGAAGUGCAAGUCUGUGGGGCCGGAAAGCCACAGACAAGAAGCCCCUCGUCCCUCCGUCUCCUGUUCCCCUUUGCCACCCCCAGCGGUUGAACUCCAAAGUGGGCAGGUCAGCAGGGAACCUGGGCCUGGAGCUGGUCCACAGGCCAAGGAGUCAGCAACUGUCUCACCCUCUGCACCUAUGAGCCCGAUGAGAAGGCAAGCCCUGGACCAUUACCUUACCCUUCGAAGCUCUGGAUGGAUCCCAGAUGGACAAGGUCGAUGGGUAAAAGAUCAGAAUGUUGAAUUUGACUCAGAUGAAGAGGAACCCCCGGGUCUCCCCUUGGACUGACAUCCUCUUUCCCCAUUCAGUUCACAAAUAAACUACAGUGGGUGCUGGGAGCCUAA